AGAAAUGACCGAUAUUCUGUUCAUAUAGUUUUCGUUAAUGCAAAGACGAUAAAUCACCCCCACAAUCUAAUCUGUGCACAAAAUGUACUCUUCCACUCAAUAACAUGGCAGCGCCCAGAUGACUGUGACCUGACAUAACUUCUCAGGAUCUCUGACUUCUUGUUGCAUAGUCAUUUGGAUAGUAACAUUAGGCUUUGACAAUGCCACGACUUACCCAACUGCUGGCCAUGGCGGCUCGUACCUGGACUAAAGAGGAGGCGGAAUAUGUGCCAAAGUACAUCAGAUACGGCAUGAACAGACCAGGGAGCCUCGGGCACAAACUGGCAAACAAACCAGACAGACCCAGGAAAAGGGUCUGGGUAGAACCAAUCAAGGAUGAGAACUGGAUGGUGAAAAAGGGAGACAUUGUCCAGAUCUUAAGAGGUCGUGAUGAAGGAAAACAAGGAAAAGUUGUCCAAAUCAUCAGGCAGAGGAACUGGGUUGUGGUGGAAGGACUCAACUGUCAUUACAGAUACUUAGGGAAGAACCCAGCUAAAGACUACCCAGGGCAGAUGGUGAGAAGUGAAGCUCCACUCAUGUACCGGGAAGUUGCACUGAUUGAUCCAUCAGACAAUGAACCUGCACAAGUAGAGUGGAGGUUUACAGAGGAUGGAGAGAAGGUGAGAGUGUCCACACGGACAGGACGCAUCAUCCCCAUCCCGCCUGAGGCAACGGCCAGAGAGGACGGGAUCGUUCCCGAGGCUUACAAGGAAACUGAAAAGGACACACUCUCCGAGGAAGCAGCCCGAAGGACAUACGUCCCGUCACUGGCUUCAUUCGAGGAUGAAAUUUUGACGUAUGCAGGAAUCAAGAAACCAGAAAAGAAACCUGUCAGAUGCUUCUGGUACUGAUAUAUGUACCAAGUCUGUUAGAAUGUAAACCACGAUGCACCGAUUGUCAGAUGCAUGUAAAAAUGUCGACCAUUUUCAGUAUUUAUGACCACUUACUUUUCCAGUACUGAUGCUAAGACAUUCUUAAGCUCAGCCUUAGGUUUAAGAACAUCACUAUAAGAACAUCCAUCUCUGUCAUGGGCUGGCUUUAAUGUUGGAUUGCUCCUUGGUUACUGGUAAGAUCUUGACUGAAUGUGAAAUAAAUGCUGCCUUGUUGAGAAUGUGCUCUAAUGCAAAAUGUAGGAUGAUAAGAGUAUUCUUGGACUAAAGCCUGCCAAUAGCCAAGUGGUAGGACAAAUAUUUUUUCCAUAGUUAAACAGUUAUUGUUUAAUAAUACAUGUACUCAAAAGUUUAUGUAGUUUUAAUGGACGUUUGAGAUAUGUGGGUCAACAUGUAACAAUACUCACUGUGGUGUAAGAAUACAAAAAAAGAUGUCUAGCCUUAUGAA